AUGGAAUACACUUAUUAUCUUUUUUAUAAUUCAGGUAGUGGUGGAAAUAGAGGUUAACAAUUCUUAUAACUUGAUGUAAAUUCAAAUAUAUGAUAGUAAAAAGAAUUAAGUUUCUACAUUAAGGAAAGUAAUUGUCGAGUGAAAUUUUACAAUAUUUGUGAUAGUAUCUCAAGAGAAGUAGGAUUGUAGUAGAUAAUGAAAUAAAGAUUAGAAAAUAUUCAUGUGGUGAUGGCUGGAGGGGAUGGAUCAAUAAUGUGGAUAGUGGAAUUAUUAUUAUAACAUCAAGUGAAUAUUCAUAGUUGCAUUAUAAUUCCAUUUCCUUUUGGAACUGGAAAUGAUUUCGCAAAUACGUUAGGAUGGGGCACUUCAGUACCUAAUGACGUAAUUGGGAUGGACAACGUUGUGUUGAAAGGUUUUGUUGAGGAAUGGAUUGAGGGAGUAGAGUCAUAUUUUGAUGUUUGGGAUGUGGAUAUUAGACUAUAAUAAGUAUUUAUAUAUGUUUAUAUAAUAAAGGGUGGAUUUAUUAGUGAGAUUAAGAGAAAUGAAAAUGGAGUAGGUGAAAGUAAAUUGUAAUUAAAAGAUUAAAGAUAUUAUAAAUAGAUGAUUAAUUAUUUUAGUAUUGGAGUAGAUGCACGUAUUGGAUUUGGAUUUGAUAAAAAUAGAACAUCCAAUUAAUGUUGUAAUAAAUGUGUUUAUUGUUGGGAAGGAUUUAAGAAAAUGUUUUUGAGAACUCCAAAAGUUAAUUAAUCUAUUGAAAAUAUUCAUAAUUUAAAUGAAGAUGAUUAUUUAGAAAGUGGAUUGUUAUAAAAAUCCAAAGAUUAAAUUGUAGUACCUGGAAAUCCAGUUAAUUUAUUAUGUUUGAAUAUUAAUUCUUAUGCUGGAGGAUUGAAAAAUAUUUGGCUCAAUGCUUAAUAAAAUUAAGUUAAAUCAUAUUCCAAUAUUCCUUCUAUUUCUGAUGGAUUAUUGGAAAUUCUCUCAUUCAACUCGAUAUUAGGAUUAGGCUCAGAAAGACUUAUACCUGGAUAAGCUACUAGAUUAAGUCAAAGUGGAGGCCCACUAAAAUUGAAUUUUAAAUAGAAUGAACUAUUAAGAACAUAUUUCUAAAUUGAUGGUUAAUACUUUUCAAUCACAAAUCCAAGUUCAGUUCUUAUUAGAUCAUGUUAAACAUUACCAUAAGGUAAAAUACGUGUCUUAAUUAAUAAGAAAGGUUUACUGAAAUGA